UGGAACUGGAAACCACCUGAUCGUUCCCCCAGUCAUUGAAUGCCAAUAGAUUCUUUUGAAUCCGAAAGCUAUUUUUACAUCGCAACAACCCAAAUAACAAUUUGAAUCAUAUACCCCUAAAUUUGCCCCCCAAAAUACCUUUAACAAUGUUUUCUGAAAACAUAACAAAUAAUUUCAUACCUUUUACUGAUUGUACUUCUCUAAAAUGACUAAUUAAGUUGAUGUAAAGACAGAAAAUGAACAAUACAACAUUUAAGUCAAAUGUGAUACUGCCAAUAUUGGGGAAAACAAGUAGUAUAUUACAAUCUUUAGUGACUUUUAAAAAAACAACAACAAAACUAAACUAAAUCUGUUACUUAAUUACAUUUUAAGGAAAGUAAUAUGAAAGUAGCCAAUGUGUUAGGCUAUUCUUGCCUUUUUUAAAGACUAAGAUAGGCUAAAAGUUGUAUUAUUUUGCUUUUUUUUACCCAACAACUGAUACUACAAAAUAAUUGUUGUGUACUCAUUCUAAAAAAAACAUGAGUUCCUCUAUUUUAGAAAAAUGGGCAACAGAGUCUGACUCUUUACCAAGAUGCAAUGAACAGUCACCAGAACCCAUUUUUAAAACCCCAUCACCUUUUUGGAAUCAGGAUUUAAUAUUCAAAAGACCAAGACAAGUACACGAGUACACACCUGAUGCUGUUAGAGAGGCAUACAACUUGUAUACUUACAGGUGUGAUUUAGGCUCUUACACAAAUCCCGACCUUCGUUUUGGAGCAAAUCAGACCCACUCUUCACUGAGUCUAAACUCUUCCAACAGUAGAUAUCUUCCACCUUCAUCAGAAUUGUUUGUGACUGAUCCAAACAUGCUGCACAUUGGAAGAGGAGCUUCAUAUGGGAGGUAUUUCACUCCAGAAGCAGGGUAUGGACUUGUCAAAGGCUUUAGAAAGCUGCGUAAUCCACAAACCGACACACUGCCAGCUUCAUAUUUCUAUAGAGGAGUUGGUAGGGAUGUUCAAAGAAGAGAUUUUCCAAUGGAGGAAACCAAAACAGCCAUGCAAAAGGACAGACUGAGGUAUUCACACUGCUACCAGGAACCACAGAGUCAGAGAAUCUGCUCCAAAAGAGACUAUGAGAGAUAUUAUGUUAAAACUAACCCACUUUUGGGUUCUCUCUUACAUAUUGAUUCAAAUAAAGAACAUUUUAAAUACAACUCAGAGCACAGCCAUCACCAACUGCUUGGUUUUAGUAAUGAUGCUGGGCCUGAAAAGAAAACAAGCGAAGGGCUCCCACUGCUGCUCUGGAGUGGAGAUGCACAAAAACGCAGCAGAAACGCACACGUUAAAUCAUCGUCUUCGGCGCUGUGGGUUCUCCGUCGCUUUGUUGAAGGCUCUUUGGUGGAGCUGGAGGGUGGUCGGCUGAAGCGUGUGGAGGAUUUGAGGACAGAGGAUUUGGAGCAGUGUGCGCAGUUACAUCCCGAGCUGAUGUUGAAACGUUUUACUGUGUUGAAGAUCAUACCGUCACACACACCUGCGCUUUCUUGUUUACAUGUGCAGAUUGAGCAUGACUACUCGCAGUUGUCUUUGGAGGUGAGUGAAGGAAUGCCCUUCUUUGUUUAUGGCCACGGCUGGUCCUCCUGUAACCCUCAACACACAAGUCAAAAUUGCAAACUACAGUGCCGCCAGCUAGAGGUGGGUGACUUGUGCCUGGCACUGACACGUAUGCCCACCUCUUCAUCAGAGCCGGACAAUCGGAGCCGAAAUGAGGUGGGUGAAGAUCCCUUAAUCCUGAGCAGUCAUGCCGAAAACAAGCCCACACUGCAGAUAAAAGAUACAUCAAGAAAAAGAUGCUUCACAGCUCCAGAGCUCAGGGAGAUUUCAAAGAUACACCACACUACUGAUUGAAAAAUGAAAGACUGAUAUUUUGUAGAAUUUAAGAUUUUUUAAAAAAGAAAAUUGCAGUAAUUUUACUGUUAUUAUUGUUAUUAGUAU